UAUGCCAGCUGAUCACGGAUCACCUUAUUGCCCCGCUUCACUCCACUCCACUCCAUUUCCCUUCGGUCAAGUCCUCGUUUCUGCCUGCCAAGCAUCUUCUAGGACUUGCGCUUCAUCUGUGGUGACGCCCAGGCAUCAUCUUCUUGCACUCUUCGUCGUCAACCUUGGUCCAGUAGCAGGCUGUUCGGAUGGCUGGGAGAGAAGCUGACUUCCGCUGGAUGGAAGUACAGUAUAUCAACUUCUAUUCCCUGUUCAUGGCGUACUUGUUGAUGGCCGUUAGGGGGCUGGGCUACCUCGUGCUUGCGUGGACCACCGUCGUUCUCUUAGGUGGCUUCGUCACCAAGCUGGAAAAGAAGGACUUUUGGUCUCUCACAGCCAUUACCCUCGUCCUAACUCCUCGGGUCUCUGCUGAUGUCGAUCUGAAGGGGAAGUUAAAAUAUAUCGUGGAAUCGGUGGUUGGACUCUACCGUGCUAUAUUUGCCACACUGAACCCAAACGGUAUCAAUGACCCCUGGCUAAGCCGACUGCUAGCAGGUGUUGUGUUGUUAUGUCACCUGCUGCUCGCCCCGAUUGUGGUAUGCCCUCUAGCGGCUCUCUACGUGUGUGGGCCACUGCUGAGCGCCGGGAUUUCGGUGUGGCGUCUAAUAGAACGUGAUUACGGAGUUGAGAAGAAGCAAGAAGCUGACAACUUGCAGCCGGCUCUGAUCGUCUUGUACUCACUGGCCACGUUGCAGGGACUGCUCUUUUGUUACAGGUUCUACUCGUCUUUCGCCCGAGAGGACCUAGUGAAGGAUGUGGCAGAAGCGUACAAGAUGAACGAUGUCAAUUUGGUGGAUGAAUACUUGAGGGAUACCAUGGCUGAGUGCGAGAAGGACCCAGCAUUCUUCAAGGAAAGAAACCUCGCUACAUACGCUGUGGGAAUGAUCGAGUCCAAAUCAUCUGAAAGCUUCCUUUCGGGGGCAAGGAUUCUGGACAUGCUCUUGGAACACGUGCUCGAUGCAGAGGUCAAAGCAAAGGAGGAGCUCUUAAAGCACGCUCUGGCAGCAGAGGAGCAUGCGCUAGGAGUCACACCAGAGAAGCAGAAAGCGCUCACAGUCACAGCAGCGGACGCCGAGGAGCUCACAGCGCAGCUCAUCAGUUUGGCGUCCUCUAGCCAUGUACUCAAGAAACUUCUGCAGGCGCUGGAUUCCACAAGCCCGCACGGCGAGACCGUGAGGGGGGUUGCCGCCAACAUAGUGGCCCACCUUGCCGGCAGGACACCUCUGAUGCAAUUUCCACGAGUGAUCCAGCGCAUAGGCUCGCUGCUCGACAUCCCUCGGCAGCAAUUUCAAGAAGACUACAGGAAACUCAUGGAGAAAGGCUUCGUUAUCCUUCUCAAGCUCGCUGCCGACGAGGACAAUUGCAGAGCCAUAAGCAACGCCCAGGGCGUGCUCUCCAGGAUCAUGGCGCCAGUGUGCUCCGACUUGCUCCACCUUCUCGACCACGACGCAUGGUGGUCCACCAUUGUAGCCGCUUCAUUGAAGGUCAUGUGCCGGCUCGUGGCUGGUCCGGGAGAGACUGGUGCCCAGCUGCGUAAGCAAAUAUCAAGGAACAAGGAAGCCAUCCACGGCAUGGAAGGGAUCCUCAAUUGUUGCCAAUGUGGUGAACAGCAGCUUCACAUAUUAAGCAUUGAGAUCCUGACGAAGCUACACACGGACGAGGACUCUCUGAGCGGCGGUGUGAACAAGCAAAGCAGAGGAAAUUAUAUCGUCAUGCUCGCUUCCAUCUUCACUGACGCUAGCAAAGCCUGCUCCAUCAGAGAGUUGGCAGGUGAAGCCCUGGUGAAGCUAAGUCAAAGUGAAAAUGAUGCUGCUAUCAUCCUGAAGGCAAAUGAUUAUGUUGUCCAUGACCUCAGUAAUAUCCUCCUUUUACAUGCUGUGGACAACAACACAAAACGAAUUAUUGCAGCUAAAAUCCUGAAGCAUCUCUACAUUCAUUACAAAGAGAAUGAUGAGUAUCUCAACAUACUUACAAAAACCUUGGAGGAUGUAGUGCCAAAGGUUCUUCGAGAGAUACUAACUGUUUUGGGGUUGGAAGGGAAGGAGACACCAUUGGCAGAAAACGAAACAGAUAACAACAGUUAUCUUUUCCUAGGCACCCCUGACAUAGAAGCCCAACAAGUUGGUGCUGCGCAUGAUGACAACAGUAACAACAAAACAUUCCCUCGUCCGCAAAACGAUUCAAGGAAAGUGCAGGCAGCUUUAUUAUCUCUUGUUGCGGCGAUAUUUGACAAAUUGAUCAUCCAAGAUCGUAAUUUGGCUCAACUGAUUGAUAAAAUUUCUCCUGGAGAUUCUGCCUCUAGCUUUGGCAAUAAGCUCAAGGAGAUGGUCAUGGCACCGACAAAUAGCGAACCCAUGGAAAGUUGCCUGAGCAUAAUGAAGAACGCCAGCAAGAUGGUUAUAUCAAUCAUGAAACACAAUGACAGCUGCCUCAACGGAGAUUUCUUGAAGAUCUUUAUACAGUAUAUGUCCAAAGUUUGCAAGACCACGUCGUGUCUCGAGGGCUCUAUGAUUUUAGACAAAGCCAAUCAUGGCACAGUGAAGCCUUAUAGUACUCUCACUUCUCUGGUGAAAGAAGCACAGGAACUUCUAGUCACGAAGGAGCCAAAAGAGCGGUGAACUACAUGGGCGCAUGGUGACUUUUCUUUGGCGCAUUAUGAAAAAUAAAGUAGACUGAACCAUCUGCAAUAUAUAUGCAGACUGUAUGCGCUCUGUAAUGGAACUUCUAUUGUUCUUUGUGUGUGUGAAUCCUAGCUAUCCUGUGUUAUUAUUUCUGAACAGUCACUAAACGACUGGUAGUGCAU